AUUUUCUUCUUUUUUCUGUUAUUUUUCUUUGUGUAAGAAUCAAUACAACUCAAUACAUAAGACACAACAACAGCUACAGAAAAUUCUGUUUGUUUGUUACUUCUCGGCGUACGACAUUCAAUCCAGCCAUAUUCUCUGCUUGUCGUUUCCUUCAAAGUCAGCAUCUACAGCACCGCCGAAAUCGACAAAAAUAGUGAUCGUUUUCUAUUCAAUGGAUUCCAUGAGUUGUCUACAGACCUAUUUCGAGAGUCAAGAUGAUAGAGAAGCUGCCGCUUUGGUAGCUGAUAUGAUUGCUUUGCUUCCAUCGAAAUACAUCGAUUCUACAUCUGCCAUCAUGGAUAAUGACGGUGAUAGCCAUAUGGAUACGCAUAGUAUGGAGAAACAGCCAUUCUAUCAACAGACUGAAUGUGAUGACGCUAGAGAAGUAGUCAAUAACAAUCAACAACAAUAUCUUUGUAUGCUAGAACACGCCUUGUUGGCAAAGGAGUCUGAAAUUGCAAUGUUAAAAGAAACAGCUUUAGAAUGGAAGCACAGAGCUGAGGCAAACGCACAAAAUUAUUCAGAGUUGAGAUAUACAAGAAAUUUGGACACGAAGAAUGAUAUCAUUUUGAGCUUAAAAGAGCAAAUAGAUUAUCUAUCGGAUCGAUUGAACCAUGAUCAUCAAACGAGUCACUUUAUAGCUGCAGAAAAUAGAGAAGGAGAAGACAUGAUCAAUGCAAACAGAAACAGACAGAGUGUAACCGUUCAGAGACAUCGCAUGAACGAAGAAGUUAAAUUUGAUACACUUUUGGAUGACGGGUGCUUCUUUAACAACUAGGAACAGUACAGCUCACAAAAGAGUACAUAAGCAGAAACCAGCCUUCUUUUUUAAGCGCGUGUUCAAAAAGGCAUUCCCUACCUUCUGUGACAAUAACAACAGUAGCAAGAAACCAAAUUUAGAUUAUACAAAAACCUAUCAAACAGCUACAGCAAAUGACAUUCCUUCUAGUGAUGAUGUUGACGAUGACAGUAUCCCCAGAAGUAGUACAGACGAGACCUUGUUGGGAUCUUAUGCUA